CGCAGUUGUGUGGUUUGCUUCAAGGACCAGCCUUUGAGUUCUUUUCCUGAUAUCAGCCACGACAGCCGCCACCAGCAUGGCGCAAACACUUGCCGCACCUGCUUCAACAGAUAUCUCAUCCAGCAAGUCAAUGCAGGAAAUGCCCGCGCCAGAUGUGUCGAAUGUCAGGAGCCUCUGCGAUAUGCAGAUGUCAAGAUCAUCGUCUCUAAGACCACACUCAUGAAGUAUGACAAGAACCUACUCAAAGCAUUCGUUGAAGAGGACGUAGACUUCUACUACUGUAUGUCGGCCAAGUGCAAGAGUGGUCAAAUUCACAUAGGAGGCGAAGACAUGCCCAUCUUCUGCUGCAAAGUCUGCAACCACAAGCACUGUAUGGCUUGCGAGAUCCCUUGGCACGAGGGAGAAACCUGCGACCAGUACCAGGCCCGCCACGAUGAAGAAAUCAUCCAAACCGAACAAGCAGAAGCCCUCAUCGCAGCCGUCACAAUGCCAUGCCCAAAGUGCAAAGUCCGCAUCGAAAAAGACGGCGGCUGUGACCACAUGACCUGUGCUCAAUGCCAGUACGAGUUCUGCUACCAAUGCUUGGCGAACUACAAGACGAUCCUGGCGCACGACAAUCGUCGUCAUAAGCGCUCGUGUGUGUACUAC